AUGAAACAUAAGGAGAAUAUGGUAAAGCAUGCGAUCGUGCUGAGCUUUCGCGCUUUUGAACCCGGACAAGAAGGGCUAACGAAUAGAACUGAAUCGAAUCCGCUCCAAAAAUACGAUCCAUACCAAAUUCUCGGACCAACGUGUAGUCGGCUAGCGCACUCAGGUACGCCCACCGUCCGUUUUCAUUUGAGCGAAUUUCCGAAACAUUACUUCCCAGUUUCAAAAAAUUAUGUCCCUUACUUAAAAAUCUCCCAUUCAGGCAGUGGACAAACACAAUUGUGGCAAUUUCUACUGGAAUUAUUAGCGGAUAAACGAUACGAUGAUGUGAUCACUUGGGAAGGAACCCAAGGUGAAUUCAAGUUGGUCGACCCCGAUGAAGUGGCCAGGAAAUGGGGUGAACGGAAAUCGAAACCAAAUAUGAAUUACGACAAAAUGUCACGGGCAUUACGCUAUUACUAUGAUAAGAAUAUCAUGUGCAAAGUUCAUGGAAAACGAUAUGCCUACAAAUUCGAUUUCCAAGGUAGGCACACUUUCCGAUUCUGCCAAUAA